AUGAGCUUUCAAGCGCCUCCAAGCCCGAACCCCCACGAUCCAUCACUAUCCUCACCUUCUUCUCCCGCGCCUGCGCCAUCCCCAACAUCCACGGCGCGUCACUACCAGCAGCAGCAACAACAACAACAGUAUCAGCAGCAGCAGCAGCAGUACUCCCCGCAGCCGCAGCAUCAGUGGCAGCAGCAGCAGAUCGCUAUGAUGAAUGGCAUGAAUGGGACGAACAUGGCUGCUGGGAUGCCUGUUCCUACGCCUGCGGGCCACCAAGCUGAACUCAACUACAUUUAUGGUAUGGUUGAGGAACUCAGCCGCCAACUUGCAGAGAACCGAAGAGUUACAGAGGAUAUUGUCAAUGGCCUAGGAAGAGUGAGGAACAGGGCGAGGGCACAGGGGGUCAGCAAUUCGCAAGUAAUCGAAAAUGCGGCCGAUGAUAUAAAUGGCCAAGAACAAAACAUUGACGCCCUUGUAUCGCUCCUCACAGAAUCCCUCGAAAAGGCAAAGUUCAGCCGUGACGCCAAUGCCAAACUCCUCUCGCAAUACGCCAACGCCAUGGCAAACCUUCUUCGACAGUUCCACGAGUACAAGACAAAGCACGUCAGCGACGUAGCCGCCUGGCACCGCUCCUACCGUAAGCAACUCGCCGACGCACGUGACGAGAAUGCUCGUCUUCGCGAACAAAUCUGGCAGAUGCAGGCGCACGCAGGCCGCGCCAACGAAAGUCUUCGCGAGUACCGGCGCAAGUACGACGAAGACGAAGGGCGCUGGAACAAACUCGUUGAUGAGAAAGCGCAUCGUCAGGAGCUGCGGUUCUGGAAGCGCAUGGCCAUGCCUGAACUCGACGAUGAUGAUCCCUACUGGAGUGAUGAUGAUGAUAUCAUCGACCCAGCCGAAAAGCAAAGGCUACAUGAAUUGGACCUCAAGGCGGCGCAGGAGCAGCUGGACAGUCAGGCGGAGGAUAGUGAUGGACAAGGUCCACCGCCUCAGCUGCCACUACCGGGUACGGGCAUUGGGAUGGGUAUGAUGGGAGGUAUUCCGAUGCAGAGGGAAGAUUCUGGGGCUUCGCAUGGUGUACCUGCGCUGCCACCUCGGCCGUCGAGUGCUGCGUCAAGUACAGGGUCGACGGGGCAGUAA